AUGGGACCUCCCGAUACAAGGAGAAGAGACAAGCGAUGUGAGUACCACAAGGACCAUGGUCAUGAAACCGACAGUUGUUAUGCACUGAAGGACCAUCUGGAAGAGCUUGUACAAGACGGCCGACUAGCCCAAUACGUCCGAAAGAAUAAUCCAUCGAACACGGUAGCCCUACGAUCAAAUUCACCUCCACUUGGUGUAAUUCACAUGAUAUACAGCCUGCCCUCAUCAGCCGAGGUACAUACAAUUCAGUUACAACCUAGCCUGCAUAGGCCAAUCACACCAGCAAAAUGGCCCCAUAAAACUAGAAGGAUUGUUUUUGACGACACCAACUUAGUUGGAAUAACUCUCCCUUAUACUGAUUCCCUCGUCAUCGAGCUACGUGUGAACAGAUUCAUUAUUGAACGUGUUCUCAUUGAUUAG